AUGGCGCCGAAUCCUGAUGUCACUACGAGAGCGCAGCAGGUGUUAGAGGCGUGGAGUCAGGGUUUCAAUGUCGGCGCUGUGAUUAUUCUGCUGUUGUUGGUUCUUGCAAUUAUCGCAAGAAUACGCUUUUGCAUAAGCUUAUUCUCGGUGAGGGUCCUCAGCAGCACGGCAACUCUACUAUAUAUCUCAUACUUCGUCCACAACCUCAUCGCAUGGCUCAAAAUCCGUCCCUUCCUCCCAAAAUGGGGAGCCCGUAUCUUCAUCAUCACCCUUCUCAUCGUCCAACCCUACUGGGUUCUCGAAACAUGGGCAAAUUUCCAAUAUCAUAACCAUCUCGGUAGUAAAAUCUUCAACACAUCACGACUUCUCGAACCACUCUUCAGAGACCCGUGGUGGGUAUUCACGACGAUCAAACUGGUUCUAGCCAUCAACGAGAACUACGAGUUUACGAUUCCGGGCCUUAUUCGAACGAGUCCACGAUUUGGAAUCAUGUUAUUCUCUUUGUUCUUGUCGAUCGUGUUUUUGAUCACUGAUGUCAUCUUCAUGAUUGCCGUGUCGAAAAGAGGGGGAAUCAAUCCUUUCUGGAGGCUCGCUUUGGUUUUCAAAUGUGCUUCUGAUGUCAUUUUCCUGGAUGAUUUCAAGAGCGUACUUGACAGGAUCUCAGAAUCGGCUAUGCGAAAGAUUACAACGUUUGAAUAUCGUGACAAUGCAUCACCGUCUGUCAACCAGCAUACUUCAGUUGAUUUUUCCUCGCCCAACUUCCAACGGAAAGGCUCGAGAUUUGGAUCAUCUUCUAGAGCGGAAAUGGGCUCUAUUCUCCAUCCGGUGGGAUCGCGAGACGACGGCCAUUUUGAGUUUGCUUCAAAUUAUAGUCAGGCUUCUGUGGAGGACGGUGCUUCACGACCAUGGGCCGAAGAUGAUGCAAGACGUUCGAGCUCCCAUUCGCCAAGGCGGAGAGGGGAGUCCCAGGAUAAUAUGAUCACUAUACAAGAGGAUGAUAUGGCCCACGAAGUGGAGGAUAUUCCAAUGGAGCCUGUGAGAGCUCGAACAAGAAAUGAUCAGGCACGUUAA